GCUUCAGAACUGCAGCUCAUUUCCCCCUGAAAAUGGCAAGCGACUGCGAGUCACCUGGCGGCCAUGGGCGGAGAUCACCUGCAGAAAUGUCAUAAUCGCCUUGCAGCGAAUGUCUCGGUCCACUUGCCAACUCCUGUCAAUCGACAUUGCCAGCCCUCUCAUUACCCACGAUACGCAAUGGGAUGGAAGCUGCACGCAAUGCCUUCUUUAGUGGCGUCGAUUUCCACAGUUCCAAAUGUGACGAGUCCCAAUGCCACCACACUAUCGGAGUCCGGAUGCAACCCGGAUUACGUCCUAUUUUAGAGAGUGUCACAUAAACUCGGCCCAGGAAGGCCUCAUCCAGUUUCAGCCUCGCUCAGCCAUGCCGAGCACACUUCCAAUAACAGCCGCCCUCGGGACUCUCCAGAAAUCACACCACGUUGCGUUGCCAGCCGCCAUUGACCUCAU